AUGUGUGUGCGUUCCCCGUUCACCAAACCUGACAGUUCAGUUUGUUUUGAUCGCAAAGUUGGUGGUGCGCACGUAAGUACUUGUAAAAGCGUAGUUUUUACUAAUUUCGUAUUAUUUUUAAGCUUACAGUUCGCCAUACGACUGCAGAAUGUUUCGUCGGAAGAAUCUAGUGCCGCUCCGAGUGCGGGCAAGCGAGCCAAGCGCGGUGCAGUCGAAAUUUGUGAACAAGAAAUAUCGAAAAUGCGGCGCAGGAAGAUGCCGAAAAUGGUUGCAAGUGCCAAACGACAUCCCGUCUCUUAUUGAGUGGACAAAAUUGAGUGCCCGAGCUCUUCUCACCAUGGAAAUUCGAAGUACCAACGAAGGCUCAUCGAAGGACAAACGAAGGACCCAUGUAAAUUGCACAUAAGAAGUUCCAUAGUGAGAU